ACAAUAGAUUUGUGGUUGGUUUUACUUUUCACUGAAGAUUUAUUUAUUUACCUCGUAACAAAUAAUAUAAAAUUAUAUUAAAACCUUAAUCAUAUUAUGGUUCUGUGGAUAUUUCAAUCCUUGAACAAUCAAUAUGGGUGACCACAACUCAUCUGAUUGUUCCUGGAAAAAAAUGGUGAUAGCAAAAGCAAACAACGAAUGGAUAUCUACAAUCAAAACAGAACAAAGUGUUCAAGACUCUGUAAAUUCUUCAGGUUUGGUAGGGGAAUCGGAUUUGAAUGAUGUGAAAAAGGAGCAUGUGGAAUCGUUUAUGGACUUCAACAAAGAUCAUGGAGAAGCAGAGACCAUGUUACAAGAAGUUGAUCCGUUGUUAGUGAUUGCAGAACCUAGAAGACGCAGUAAAGGAUCUGGAUCUAAAAGUGAAACGCCAGAAGAAAGGAAAGCUCGGCUUGCGAAAAUGUCUGCCUAUGCUGCCCAAAGGCUUGCCAAUGAAACUCCAGAGCAACGUGCUAUGAGACUCAAGCGGAUGUCUGAUUAUGCAGCGAGAAGACUUUCUCAAGAAACGCAUGAACAAAGGGCAAAACGGCUUGCUAGAAUGUCUGCUUAUGCAGCAAGGAGAUUAGCUCAAGAGACUCCUGAGCAGAGGGAGGCUCGUUUAGCCAGGAUGUCCAUUUAUGCAGCUAAAAGAAAAAAUGUAGUACAAAAGAAAAGAUCUGUCCAUCACACUGAUGAAAUUACAAAUGAGACCUUUAACCAAAGCUAAAAAAUAUUGGACCCUUAUAUUUUGUUAAUAAAGCCCAAUUUACAUUUCAAAAAGGGUGUGUUGCUUUAAGAUAAUUAUACCCUGCAAUGAUUAUUAGAAAAUUAUUUGAAAUUGUAGUAACUAUUCAUAAUCUAAAAUUUUCCUUCCUUCAAUAAGUUGUGCUUUCAAAAACUUUUUUUAAACAUUAAAACUUACCAUGUCUAGUCUUUUAAACAGUAAAUAAUUUUUUACUUUAAUUCUUUGAGUACAAACAACUCAUUUAUUACAGUAACUAACAAAUUCCAUAACUCAGUGCUGUACUUUUUGAAGUGUAAAUCAGGCUUAUGUUUGUGAGGUUUUAUGCAAUAUUAAGUAACAUAGAAUAAUACUUUUAUAAAUAUUAAUUUAAACAUUUAAGAAUUUAAUGUUAUUUGAUUUUUGUGUAUUGUGAUUACGAUGAGUUUUAAUUAUAGCUAUAAUUGGAACAUAAUAAAUUAAUUUUAUAU